UUAGACAGAAAAUUAUUAAAAUUCUUUUAAUUUUCGAUGCAAAACAUACAUAUAUAUAUAUAUACAUAUAUACCUAGUUAUUUGAAAUGUAAAUGUUUCAUACAAAACUACCCCAGCAGAUCAAACUUUUGUACACUAGGCUGUGUUGUAUGUAAUAUAUAAUUUCUAAUUACCAGAAAUCUUAUUUUACAACUUUGUUUUAUUGUAAAAUGGAUUUUACUGUGGAAGAUGUUGUGCCAUAUACUAGUCGCACACUUUAUACAAGUUGUACAUCACGUACAAGAGGGAAGCAACAGUUUAGUUUAGGAGGUGCCGCAUAUGCACCUGCAACAGAUGAGGGUUUUGAUGAAUUUGAAGGACUGCUUCGUCAAACAUGGACUGUUUUUGGGGUAUCUAUUUUAUUCAAUUUCCAGCAAGAUGAAGUACAUUUAAAGCAAUAUGCAAAACGACUAAGAGAGGAAGUUGCAAGUGCUUCAACACAAGAAAAUGUUUCAUAUACUACAGAAUUUACUGUUAUGAAAAACAUAACAUUAAGGCCCAGUCCAGAGGAUCUACCACCAAUCAAGAUCGAAGUUUAUGGUAAAAAUAAUGAUAAAAAAGAUGUAAAAAAAUGUCUUUACACUGGGAUACUUUUGUCUUGGAGAACUAAUAAAAAUGAAUUAACUGCUGUUAAUUCUGUAAGACUCCCUCUUCUGCUAUGUCAUGGUGCACAAAGUACUAUAAGGACUGUUCAUAAUGUUCUAAAUCUGAUGUUUGACUGUAUAAUUAUUGGAUUACAUGCUCAAGAAGAUGAUUUAAUGUGGCUUGUUCCAAUUAUAAUCACCCCAACUAAUAAUGAAGAAUAUCCAAAGGAUAAAGAUGAAAUUCAAAUGGUUUAUAAAAUACCAGAACUGCCAGAUUCAGAUACAAUUACAAUAAAAUUCACAAUUUUAGAUUUAAUAAAAAUUUUAAAAGUAAUUAUAAAGGAUCAAAGUGACGAAGCAACUGCCGAAAUUUCUUUUAAACUGGAACAUAUAAACAAGUUUCGCGAAGUUUUAUAUACUCAAAUGCUAGAAAUUGCUAAUUUACAAUUGGGAUUAUGUACAUUAUGCAAAAUUGGUUUGCCUUCAUUUACAAUGAUAGGAAAUAAGAUGAAAGUAAUGAAUGCAGAUACCAUGAAUCGCGUCCUGUUAUACUUAAAUGAAAAAGCUCUUGAUACAUUUCAUGCUUUACAUUUUGAAACUUAAAUUGAGACAUUUGACGCAACACCGACCUAACUUCGAAACAAUAACUUUCCAAUGUAGUUUUUAAAAAUGAAAAAAAGCCAUUUUUUAAUUUUUGUUAGUUACGUCGAUGUAGCGCUGCGUGCCUUAAUUGCAUAAUAUUUUUAGUUACUGUAAUAUUAACUGUAAUUCACGGAUUUGACGAUUUGUAAUGAUAUAUUUUUAUUUAUAUUUGACAUAAUAUUUUUGUAUCACAGAGUGUAUAAAAUACUAAACUUCGAUAGAGGUAUUACUGCCAAUUAAUUUGACAUAAGAUAGUUAUAUUUAUAAAACACAGUACUGUUAACAUCUUUAAUAUAUUAUAUAUGUAUACGUAUAUCGCUUCUUUUCGAAGCUCGUUUAUAUAAAUAAAAUUUCAACAAUUCUCAUGUGUAAUAUCCAUCUGUAAACAGAAAUUAAUAAGUGAUUUAAUUUAUUAAAAUUUAUCUUUAAAAAGAAA